UGCACACACAAUUACAAGCAGUGCAUCUACCUUUGUCCUUCUCCACUCUCUGACACCACUGCCUCCCUCUCUCUCUCUCUCUCUCUCUAUAUGGCGUAAACUUGAUGCCUGUGUAGUAGUGCAAGCAAAGCAAGCACACCUCUCCCCCCACUUUAAUUUCUUCCCUCCCUAAACACACUGAAUUCCUCUUUGUCUCUAAGGAAAAACAAAAAAGAAAAAAAAAAUUGCUUUUUCUUUUCAUCUCUCUCUCUCAACCCUUUAAUCUUUGAGCUCUCACUACUGCUAUAAGCUCAUGUUUAGUGCUUCAUUCACUCCCCAAACCAGAAUGCAAAACUCUCUCCUUUAGCCCUUCUCUCUCUCUCUCUAGACCUUCUUCUUCAUCACCCCAAUUGUUACACUUUUUUUAAGAAAACAAAUUCCAGACAGCUCCAUUUUCUCGGUGCAAAACACACUUAAAGAAACUGUGUGAGUUCUGAUACUACUACCCCUUCUCUCCAAGAGUGAGUAGUUUCCUUUUCAAGAAACAUGGAUAGACAAGUGUUGUUGAAAGAGAAAGACAGGUUCAGUAUUUGCUCAUUUUGAACUCAAAUGUUGUUUCUUGUAAUUUUGGUUUCCAUCUUUAAUUCUGUCCUAAUUCAGACUACAAAUGAGGGGUGUGUGUGUGUGUGUCAAGUGUUUUUUGUAGUAUUAUAUGUUUGUUUCAUAAAGAGCGGACAAUUAUUAUAAGAUAAUUACAAAAGACACAGCACCUUGCUUGGAAAUAAAAGAAAACAUAUCAAAUCUUAAGUCAGCCCAUCACUUUUAAUUUAAUCAUAUUUUUUAGUCCCUCUAAUCCCCAUCCUGUCUUGUUCCUCCUUUUGGUCUCCAAACAAGAAACACACACACACUGGAAACAGAAAGUGUGUGAGAAUUAAUGGAACUUCCAAGUCAUCAAGAAGGUGAUGAGAUGCCAAUCCCACUGAACAGCAUGAUCCAUCAUCAUGGGCAUGGUCACAUGAUCCAUCAUCAUGAUCCUGCAUCCCACAUCAUCCCUUCUUCAGGAGGAGGUCCUCCUCAUCAAAUCCCUUCAAAUGGGCCCCCCAUAUCUCAUGAUCAUGAACACGACCAUGACCAUGACCACGAACAUCUCCCAUUCAAGAAGAUGGUGAGGUACAGGGAAUGCCUCAAGAACCAUGCAGCAUCCAUGGGCGGGAAUGCCACUGAUGGAUGUGGUGAGUUCAUGCCCAGUGGUGAAGAAGGCACAUUGGAAGCCCUCACAUGCUCAGCCUGCAACUGCCAUAGAAACUUCCACAGGAAAGAAGUUGAAGGUGAGCCCUCUUCCUGUGAUGGCUGCUACCCAAAUCCAAGAAUGGGGAGGAAGCUCUUCAUGGGCGGCCAUCACAAUGCAUUAGCAUACCAUCAUCAUCAUCAUCAUGGUGCACCAUUGAUUUCUUCAAGACCAGUCCCACCCCAUCAGAUGAUCAUGUCUUACAACAUGGCCGGCUCUCUUCCCUCCGAGUCAGACGAGCACGAGGACGGCGGCGGCGGUGGUGGUGGGGUGGUGGUGAGGCCAACUCCGGUGGUGAAGAAGAGGUUCAGAACAAAAUUCACUCAGGAGCAAAAGGAGAAAAUGCUGAGCUUUGCUGAGAAAGUUGGGUGGAAAAUACAAAAGCAAGAGGAAUCUGUAGUGCAACAGUUCUGCCAAGAAGUUGGUGUCAAGAGAAGAGUCCUCAAAGUUUGGAUGCACAACAACAAGCACAAUCUUGCCAAGAAGAACCUUAAUCACUCCAACCCUCAAAACCAAGUUUAAUUACAGAUCCAUUCCAUCACCACAACUCCUCAUCAUCAUGAAAUGAAAUUGGGGUAUUAUUAAUGUUUUUCUUGGUUGGUAGGAAGAAUGUAUUAGUUGCCUUUUGGGUUUUAAUUUACCUUAUUUAUUUUAGGUUUUACUACAUUUGUUCUUGGGAUAUUGUGGGAUGUGUUAGAUUUGAGGUUUUGCAUCCUUGGAUCUUGCAUUUAGGAGUAGGUUUUUGUUUUACUAUGUUUUGCAAUAAUUAUAGUUGUAAUGUAGUUAAUUGGAAACUGGGGUUUUAGGUCUCAUGACUUGGAUUGGAUUUGAUUCCUCUUUGUUCAAUCUAUUCAAGUUUAGAA